AUGGAGAAUCUGUCCGUUCUCGUGCCUGAGCUGGGAGAUGGAAGCGACGGAGGCGAAGAUUGGGUGCUGGUCAUAACAGCGACGGCUGUGACGGCCCUGGAAGAUUCGGAAGGGGCUGAGCCCGCUGAGCCUGCUCAGCCGUUUCCCUUUGAGAGGGAGAACUUCGUGGUGGACCCGGUAGACAUCUCGCUGGUAGGCCCCGAAAAUCUCACCCUCAACAAGUCGAUUUACAUCCGCAUGUCCAGUCUUUCUCCUCAACCGACCUGGGCGUGCGUCUACUUGGACACCAGGAAUGAAUGGUCCACCCAGGGCGUGAGGCUGGUGACCCAAAAGGAACUGGAUGAAGUCUUCGGGGAGCUGGCAAACCUGUCGGGCACAUGGUGUGUCACCAGCCAUCUCUCCAUGUUCUCCGUCCUGGACAUUCUUCUCGAUUGCACGAAUUUGAACGUCUUGUCCGAGGACGGCUUGCUUCAGAUCAUCCUGCGGCCGAACUGGUGGAGUCGCUGGCCAGGUUUGUUCUUGUGGCUCCUCCUCAGUGCUCUGGUCUUGCUUGUCCUCUUCGGUGCGAACCGAGACGCGAAGACUCACAAGUCUGGCAUUUGGCGGGAUGAGUACUUUUUGACUGAGCUUCCUCCUGUCUCAGACCCUUCGCGCUUGUCUCGGCUCUGCCGUUUCCUCCGCCAUCCAUACCAGUCCUCCGCAACAGCCCGGGCCCCAAAAUCUCAGCCCCGAGCGACGCGGACCAUGACCCCAACACCGACCCACAUCGCGGCAGCCAAAAUGCGGGCCCUCAACGACCGCGUUCGUAAGCUGAAGCCAGCAUCAUCGCAGAAGCUGAAGGAGAAGGUGAUGUGCCAGAAUACCCUUGCAGAGGCUGCGUUGCACAACCGGCUGCACAGAGCAUCCAUCCAAGCACACAUUUGGGGCCAGCAGGGCUGGAUUCAGGGAAGUCUGGCCGUGCAGCAGUCCCCCAAGCUGAAAGAGCUCGUUCGGGACAUGGAGGAGAGCCUGCCGAAGGACUUUGUGGCCGUGCAUACCUCAAAAGUCCAUCGUCUUUGGUCCAUCUUCUUGGCAGUCCACCCCGUGUACGAGCUUCUCCAUGUGGAUCUGCACGUCACAGCGGCCAAGCGCGCCAAGAUCAACAUGGACUGCAUUUUGGGCUCCCUAACCUUUCUUGCCAUCUUCUUCUCAGCCGACGGCUCCGCCGUGUCUGCGCGGAAUCCCGCUGACUGUCCGGUGCAGCAAAAUUCAGUUCUGUGGAUUGUGCUCAUCUCGUUGGUCUCCGUGUUCCUGAACUUUGUGCCGCGGCACCUGGUCUUCCUCUUGGCUGCUCGCAACUUCGUUCAGGCCAAGCCGAACCGAGAUCAGCAGCUCAAGAUCCGCGCGUACAAGGAUGGCCUCUUCUGGUGCAUCGGAAGCUGCAUGACCUUUGUGCAGCUCCUUGUGAUCGUGGCCUUCUUGGCAAACCUCGGCGAAGACCAUGAAUGGAAGUGGAUGACAUCGUUCGCAGUUGUACUGCUCCGUAAGCUCCUAUUCGUGCCUUUCCUUGCCGCGAUCUUCAGUCUGUCGACAGACUUCGUGUGUGGCACAAAAACCACCUGGACACUCAUGGCCCCGGAUAGCUUUGGUUUGGACCUUUCUCCAGAACCCCAUGGCGCAGCGACAACGAUCUCCGCAGAGGAUAACGACUCCUGGGAUGCGAAGGUGCACGAACUGGCAGGUCGUGGAGUUACCUUGCGUCAACUGUUGGACUUUUACUCCCUCCUGGGAACGGAUGCCGUGAUGCCACACUUCAACCCGCUGGAAUCCACUACUCACGAUGUCGUGCGUCAAGCGAUCAUCCCAUUGUCCAUGCGAGUUCGGGAGAGUCGAACUUUCUCCAUUCUGGUGCAUGAAGCAGCAGGGCUCCCAAUGCUCGACAUCUGGCCUACGUUGUCGUUUGAGAUUCUGGUUAUCGACCAGUCGGCCACAGCCAAGCCUUGGAAAGGGGUGGCGAAAGGCAGCAUUGACUUGCCAUCAGGACUGCCACGAGAGGUUCUUGUCGUCGAGGACGUCUUCAUGGACGAGUGCGUGUGCUUUCGAAUUUGGGAUUCUAUGCACUCAUCCGACACUGCCUUGGAGACACAUGUGAGUGCUGCCUCGUUCUGGGACGGCUUCAAGGGUGAAGUGGCGCUGGACACACGCCGGAGCAACUCGGACGAUGGUCUUGUUUCCGUCAGCUUCGAUGAGGAAGUUCACGCCGCCCUCUCCGUGACCAUAACCCCACGCGCCAGUGCUGGAACGUCCCGGACGAUGCCGAAACGUGCUGAGGGGGCUCCGGACACUGCAGAGGUUGGCUUCGCUUAUGCCACGAGUGUGAACAGCAUACCUCGCAUGGCCAGCCGAAUGGUAACACAUAGCUGGCGCAACAAGUUCACGUUCCUAAUUGCGACAAUCCUGGCCGAUGCGCUGGAGGCAGAGACCUACGACCACCUGGCCGAGCUGCUCAGCAUGGGCCGCCUGGAAGAGCUCGCCAAGCAGCUGAUCCAAGCAGGGAAGCUGGAGGUGGCCUACUGGGUCUGUGCCUUCUCUGUGAACCAGCACGCAGGAAUCUGCGCGACACCACCGGGUAUGGAUUCUACCGGAGUGCCAAUUACAGCAUGCCAGUGUGCCACGGCAAAGCACUUUGAGGGGGACUUCAGCGAAAUGAACAAGUUCGACGACAUGAUGGCGUACUUGAAGACAAGCCUCCGUCAGCAAGCACGAGAGGAACGGAGCAAGGUUCGCCUCGAGCAGGUGGUAGCGGUAGAGAAAGACUUCUCUUUGCUGACUCGAGUUUGGUGCAUUGCCGAAUUGGUGGAGGCAAACUCGCUGCACCUUCCCCAGGCAAUCAAGAUGCAUUCGGCUGCCUCGAGGGACAGCUGCAUGGACUAUCUGUUGCAGCUGGACGUGAGAAAGGCAGAGGCGUCAUUUCCCGAAGACAAGGACCUGGUCUUGAGCAAGAUCACCGACGUUGAGGAUUUCAAUACUCGGCUCACGAAUCUCCUUUUACAUCGACUCGAAGCGUUUUUGGAUUCCAAGCCAGCCAGCAGCGCGGCAAACUGCGUUGAUGAGGCUGUUCUUGCUGUGGCAACAGUAGUCAUUUGA